AUGCUUAAAAAAUACACAAAUGUAGUAGACGCUUUAUAUUGGAACACAUUUGCUAGAAAGCUUGCGGGAAUUGCAGUGAUGGAAGUUGUUUCAGUGAGCGGUUCCAUAGAAUCGAACAUGUCUACCCUCGGAAUGUUUGGAUUUUUAACAAUUUCUAUCACCUAUGUAAGCUUCUUAGUCGUCGCCUUCUACCAUGAUCAGACAAUUAUAAGGAGUUUAUUUGACACUAAACUGAAGCAAUAUGGAGACCAGUUUGAAAAAAUAGCCACUGUCUCGUUUGUCCUUUAUAUUAUGAUUGUAGUGGGUUGGAAAAAUAGUGGCGAUACGAAGUUUUUUAAACUGAAUGUUUAUGUUGACAAAUGUAUUACUGAUAUGAAAAUCAUAGGUGUUUCUAUUGAUUACGUCAAGUAUGCGGUAACAUCACUGAACAUAGUGUUGGUGCACAUGGUGCUUUUCACAAUGAGAGCGUUGUCCAUUUACGGUAUAUUAUACGGGCAAGUUGGAUCUGUUCCUUUAGAAAAGAUAAUGCAAGGCAUUUACCCCGAUGUCCUGGCACUUGUAUUUUCUACAGUGUAUUCUUAUUGCAUGUAUUUGUGGGAAGAUAAAUAUGUGCAACUGAAUACAAUAUUAAGGCAUAUAAAGGACAAAAAAUUGUGGGAACAGUCGUUUUUCAUAAAGAUAAAAGGCAGUGUCCCUCAAAAAGCAACGCAACUACAAGACAAAUAUGUAUGCGAAAAAAUUAGAAUGUGCGCAUGUUUAAAUACCAAACUGUAUGAAGGGAUUGAACAUUUAAAUAAGUCAUACGGGAUAUCACUGGCAAUCACACUAUUUGUGUGUAUAAAUUAUAUAAUUCUGUACAUGUUUUAUUUCAUGGAAGCUACUGCUGCAGGGUUGUUCCACGAUAUCCAUAGGUACAUGGGACUGCUGGUAUUUGUGUCUUGGCAGAUUGGUUACGAUGUUUUCGUGGUUUUAUUUAUUGUGUACUUCGCCGAGCAUAUUUCUGCCGAGGCAAGAAAAACAGCUAUGAUCGUGCAUGAAAUCAUCCAAAAAGACUUCAGUCCAGCCGUGAAUGCUGAAGCGAUGCAAUUUUCGCUUCAAUUAAUACAUCAGGUACCAAAACUGACGGCACAUGGACUCUACGAUGUUAAUAACGCUAUACUUUUUGAAAUCGGCAAAUACGUGUUACAAGUAUUGGUAAUGCUCCUGCAAUUCGUGGAUAUAAAAUAAAAUGAAGCACCUCGAUUGAACAUUUUAUUAAUAUGGAAAUGUAGGUAUCUUUCUUCACUGUUAUGUACUGGGUUAGGUUUCUAUUCAAUCCAUGUAUUUUUUUAAAUUACUGUACACUGUACUUACCUGGGUUUUGAAUAAAUGUUCAUUCAGUCAUUCAUUUAUUCACCUAUGAUUA